AUGGCCAGCGCCGCGAAUCCACUGCUCCAGAGGCUACUGGAAGGAUACCGGCCGGCAUUCCGAGCUCAUCCAUCUGGGAAGGAGGCUUCGGCUUCCUUCGCGCUCUCGCCGCAGCAGCAGAUGUGCUACUACGAGAGGAAGCUUUUUAGCAGAAAUCUCAUUUUCUUGCUGGACCGGACCCUGGCUGACUGUUGCCUGUCGGUGGUCACCGCUUACCUGAACGCUACUUUCCUCCACGCCGUGCCGCCCGACGCGUCCAUCCACCUACGGGUCUGGCCGAAAAAGGUCGAUGGCCGAAAGGUGUAUCUCGCAGACAGUCAAGGCGAGCUGCUUGACGCGGUCCACGCGCAUGCCUUGAUUGUGGAGCCAAAACCGGGACAGCCGGGAACCCCCGGGGAUACUAGGUAA